CCCAGGCCGAGAAUAUUUGGGGCGGUUGGUUUUGCUCUCCGGAUGCUCCUCUCUCUCGGUGGCCAUCAUGUCUUUGACCUCUGCCUACCAGCAUAAAUUAGCAGAGAAACUCACUAUCCUGAAUGACAGGGGCCAGGGAGUUCUUAUCCGAAUGUACAACAUCAAGAAGACCUGUUCAGAUCCAAAAUCCAAGCCACCUUUCUUACUGGAAAAGUCCAUGGAAUCAUGUCUCAAGUACAUCAACAAGAAAUUCCCCAACAUAGAUGUCCGAAACGGCACGCAACAUUUAGGACCAGUGCAUCGUGAAAAAGCUGAGAUAAUUAGAUUCCUCACCAACUAUUACCAAUCAUUUGUGGAUGUCAUGGAAUUUCGGGAUCAUGUAUAUGAACUUCUCAACACCAUUGAUGCCUGCCAGUGUCAUUUUGAUAUCAAUCUCAACUUUGACUUCACUCGGAGCUACCUGGACUUGAUUGUGACUUACACCUCAGUCAUUUUACUCCUGUCACGGAUUGAGGACCGCCGGAUACUCAUUGGCAUGUACAACUGUGCCCACGAGAUGCUGCACGGGCAUAGUGACCCCAGUUUUGCUCGACUGGGCCAGAUGGUAUUAGAGUAUGACCAUCCUCUGAAGAAGCUGACAGAAGAAUUUGGACCUCACACAAAGGCUGUGAGUGGAGCCCUCCUCUCUCUGCACUUCCUCUUUGUUCGGAGGAGCCAGGGUGCUGAGCAGUGGCGUAGUGCCCAGCUUCUAAGUCUCAUCAGCAGUCCCCCGGCUAUGAUUAACCCCGCCAAUUCAGACACAAUGGCCUGCGAAUAUCUGUCUGUGGAAGUGAUGGAGCGAUGGAUCAUAAUUGGGUUUCUUCUUUGCCACGGGUGCCUCAACUCCAAUAGCCAGUGUCAGAAGCUGUGGAAGCUGUGUCUGGAGGGCUCCCUGUACAUCACCCUCAUCCGGGAGGAUGUGCUCCAGGUGCACAAGGUCACUGAGGACCUGUUCAGCAGUUUGAAAGGGUACAGUAAGCGAGUGGCAGACAUCAAGGAGAGCAAGGAACAUGCCAUUGCAAACAGUGGCCAGUUUCACUGUCAACGCCGGCAGUUUCUGCGGACAGCUGUGAAGGAGUUGGAGACUGUGUUAAAUGAUGAACCAGGCCUGCUGGGUCCUAAGGCCCUUUUUGCUUUCAUGGCCCUGUCUUUCAUUCGUGAUGAGGUCACUUGGCUGAUUCGCCAUACAGAAAAUGUCACCAAGAUUAAGACACCUGAAGACUAUGCUGACUCGAGCAUUGCAGAGCUUCUGUUCCUGUUGGAGGAAAUGAGGGGUCUGGUCCGGCGACACAUCAAAGUGAUUCAGCAGUACCACCUCCAGUACCUGGCCAGAUUCGAUGUCCUUGUGCUUAGUGACAUCAUUCAGAACCUGUCUGUGUGUCCGGAGGAGGAGUCUGUCAUCAUGUCCUCAUUUGUUAGUACGCUGUCCUCUCUGAGUCUCAAGCAAGUUGAUAAUGAAGAGAAAUUUGACUUUUCUGGAUUAAGGCUGGAUUGGUUCCGCCUACAGGCAUAUACCAGUGUGGCGAAGGCACCUUUGCACCUGCAUGAGAACCCUGACUUAGCCAAGGUCAUGAACCUCAUCAUCUUUCACUCCCAGAUGUUGGACUCAGUAGAGAAAAUGUUGGUGGAAACCUCUGACCUUUCUACUUUCUGCUUUCAUCUUCGUACCUUUGAGAAGAUGUUUGCUAUGACCCUGGAGGAACCAACUAUGCUUCGAUAUACCAUUGCAUUCCCCCUGAUUUGUGCUCAUUUUGUCCACUGCAUUCAUGAAAUGUGCCCAGAGGAGUACCCUCACCUGAAGAGCCAUGGUCUUCACCACUGCAACUCCUUCCUGGAAGAGCUGGCCAAACAGACCAGCAACUGUGUGCUUGAGAUCUGUGCUGAACAGCGGAACCUGAGUGAACAGCUUCUACCUAAGCACUGUGCCACCACCAUCAGCAAAGCGAAGAACAAGAAGUCCAUGAAGCAGAGGCAGGCUCCCAGGAAAGGAGAGCCUGAAAGGGACAAGCCAGGCGCAGAGAGUCACCGGAAGAACCGCAGCCUUGUCACUAACAUGGACAAACUACAUCAAAACUUGACUGAACUGGCACUGGCAAUGAAUCAUGUACCCAGUUUCUCUGUCUUUGAACACACCAUCUUCCCAUCUGAGUACCUCAGCAGCCACCUGGAGGGCAGGCUCAGCAGAGCCAUCGUGACUUUGGCUGGCUACAAUGCCACAACCCAGGAGAUCCUUAGACCUUCUGAGCUGUUGGCAGGAGUCAAAGCAUACAUCAGUUUCAUUCAGUCACUGGCACAGUUUUUGGGUGCAGACGCUUCCAGAGUCAUUCGCAAUGCCCUCCUGCAGCAGACGCAGCCCUUGGACUCAUGUGGCGAGCAGACUGUCACCACUCUCUACACAAACUGGUACCUAGAAAGUCUACUUAGACAGGCAAGCAGCGGCACCAUCGUUCUCUCUCCAGCCAUGCAGGCCUUCAUCAGCCUUCCCCGAGAUGGGGAGCAGAACUUCAGUGCUGAGGAGUUCUCAGACAUUUCUGAGAUGCGAGCCUUGGCUGAAAUUCUUGGCCCCUAUGGCAUGAAGUUUCUGAGUGAAAACCUGAUGUGGCAUGUGACCUCUCAGAUCGUGGAGCUCAAGAAGCUAGUGGUGGAAAACAUGGAUAUACUAGUUCAGAUCAGAUCCAACUUCAGCAAGCCAGACUUGAUGGCAUCUCUCCUGCCCCAGCUGACAGGGGCCGAAAAUGUGCUGAAACGAAUGACCAUCAUUGGGGUGAUCCUCAGUUUUAGGGCCAUGGCCCAAGAGGGACUUCAGGAGGUUUUUUCUUCCCAUUGCCCCUUUCUCAUGGGGCCCAUUGAGUGUCUGAAGGAGUUUGUCACUCCAGACACGGACAUCAAGGUCACCCUGAGCGUUUUUGAGCUGGCAUCUGCUGCAGGGGUGAGCUGUGACAUCGACCCAGCCCUGGUAGCUGCCAUUGCCAAUCUAAAAGCUGAUAACUCAUCCCCUGAAGAAGAGUAUAAGGUCGCAUGUCUACUCUUGAUCUUCCUUGCUGUUUCCCUCCCACUCCUGGCCACUGACCCUUCUUCCUUCUAUAGCAUUGAGAAAGAUGGCUACAACAACAACAUCCACUGUUUGACCAAAGCCAUCAUCCAGGUGUCUGCUGCUCUCUUCACUCUGUAUAACAAGAACAUUGAAACCCACCUUAAGGAGUUUCUGGUGGUGGCCUCUGUCAGCCUCUUGCAGCUGGGCCAGGAGACUGACAAACUCAAAACCAGAAAUCGUGAAUCCAUUUCUCUGCUCAUGCGCUUGGUGGUGGAGGAGUCACCCUUCCUGACUCUGGACAUGUUGGAGUCCUGUUUUCCUUAUGUCCUGCUACGCAAUGCCUAUCGGGAGGUUUCCCGGGCCUUCUACCUGAACCGUCUGCCAUCCAGUUCCCACUGAAGGGCUUUUUGGAGGUGCCAAGAGCCAUACCACAGUGAAAGCUGAAGCCAUUUCUUCAAAAGGGGAGAAGAGUGGGAGGGUGCCCAAGGGAAAGACAGGUCAGGUCCCGCAGCUGGAAGGCAUAUGGAGGAAUAUCCACGGCUGAGGGGUCAUGGAGAUGUUGGACAGGCUGGGCCCAUGAAAAAAAAUUAUAGAUAAAGGUGUGUGGAACCACAUGUAUAAAUUCUUAACCAUGAAAACAAACAAACAAAACAGUGACCUGUAA